UUGGGUCCCAAUCACCAACAACCUUCAGCAGAGACGCCGUUGUUGAAGUCAAACCGCUUUCUCUCUCUUUACCCAUUUUUUUUUCUCCCUUCGCUUGUCUUAACGAGAGCUUCUAGAAAGAUCCAUUCCCUUCCGAACAUGGACGGAGCACCUCCCUCCGCCGCCGCCGGAGGUCCGGCGCCGUUCCUUCUGAAGACCUACGACAUGGUGGACGAUUCCUCCACCAACGACAUCGUUUCGUGGAGCUCUACCAACAACAGCUUCGUCGUUUGGAACCCGCCUGAGUUCGCUCGCCUUCUCCUCCCGACCUAUUUCAAGCACAACAACUUCUCCAGCUUCAUCCGCCAGCUCAAUACCUACGGAUUUCGAAAAAUACAUCCAGAGCGAUGGGAAUUUGCUAAUGAUGAGUUUGUGAAAGAUCAAAAGCAUCUUCUCAAGAAUAUACAUCGUAGGAAACCUAUUCACAGUCAUAGUCAUCCUCCAGGUUCUCUUGUAGAUCCAGAAAGGGCAGCAUUUGAGGAAGAAAUAGAGAAACUUUCCCGUGAGAAAACUUCUCUUGAAUCCAAUAUUUAUAGCUUCAAACAACAUCACUCAACAGCAAAGCAUCAACUAGAAGAUUUUCUGCUGCGAUUAGAUGGUGUUGAGAAGAGGCAGAAACAUUUACUGAACUUCUUUGAGAAGGCUCUUCAGAAUCCUGCCUUUAUUGAACAUCUUUCACGCAAAAUUGAGUCCAUGGAUUUAUCGGCAUAUAAUAAAAAAAGGAGAUUGCCUCAGGUUGAUCCCGUGCAACCAGUUGCUGAAAGUAGUUUUGUGGAUAGUCAUAGCAAUUUUAGAAUGGAAUUUGGAAAUGUUUUCCAUCAAGAUUUCUCAAGUAAACUCAGACUGGAAUUGUCACCAGCUGUUUCAGAUAUGAAUUUAGUAUCACGUAGCACACAAAGUUCCAAUGAAGAUGGGGAAAGCCCACAGAAAAAGAUGUCUGAAGUAGAUCCAAAAGGAGUGCAGACAAGAACAGCUCUUACAUUUGCACCUGAAACAUUAGAGCUUGCAGAUACAGGGGCUUCUUUUACCUUUAAGAUGGAUUCAUGUUUGUCACGAAGAGAAACAACUGCUGAGAGCUCAAAACUGCAUUCUUUGGAGCCAAGUAGUGAAGAAGGUGAUAGUCAUAUAUCCUGCCAACUAAAUUUAACUCUGGCAUCUUGUCCACUGCAAGUCAACAGAAAUUCAUACUCAGCCAGAUCACCCCAAAUUGACUGUCAAGAAAUUGGCAAAUUGGCAGAAUCAAAUUUUUUUGCCAAUGGUAAAGAAUCUGAUAGUGGGGUUUCCUCAAACCGAAAUGCAACUGCUGAAGCUACGAAUUUAGCCUCAUCACAGGAGGCUCCAAGCAACAACCAAGUUAACCCCGCUCCUCCAGGUAGAGUGAAUGAUGUUUUCUGGGAACAGUUUCUUACUGAAAGGCCAGGUUGUUCUGACAAUGAAGAGGCAAUAUCCAACUAUCGAGCAAACCCAUAUGAUGAACAAGAUGAAGGUCGGUCGGUUCAUGGAAUCUCUAAAAACAUUAAGAACAUGGACCAACUCACACUUUGAGCAUGCUGUCUUGGGGAACAUUCGCACUGAUGUUAUAUGAUUUUUUCAUGAUUAAUAUACAUUAUGAUUUGAAAUUUCACAAUUGACGCUAAAUUGUGUCGCAACUAGCAAGGGGCUGAAAGUAUUCUGACUUACUACUUGAUAUCUCUUCUGAAAAAUCUGAAAUACUUACCUGCUUUGGGGACUGAUGGAUACAAUGUUAGUUAACUGCUUGGCUUUGUUUUCAAGUUCUGUUUGGCUUUCAACGUAGUACCGUAAACUUAAAAGGUCUUUUGAUUGUGGAGUAUGUUUGCGUUGAGAGCUGUGCAGCUAGUAAAUAAUUGCUGAGUAGACCGACUUUACAUUACGUGAAGCAAUUCCAAUAAUACAACAUGGAAACACUUGUUCAGUGAAUGAUCAGAUGCACUUGCAUAAUCUUACUUGCUUACCAACUGUUCGGUAACUUUAGACUGUUGAUCCCAAUAACCAUGAUACCUCCGGCCACGGUAAUUCUAAGGCUCUUUUUCUAAAGUGAAGAUUUUGAAAAAUCAAAGACUGACGUGAUUGAUACUUAUAAUCCAAAGAGGUUAAACCAUGUACCAACGGCUAAUGUUUCGAUAAAAAUUAAUAUUCCUGUUGGAUAAUUUAAUAUUCUAAAGACCAAAUAUGGCAUGAUAGAUUCAUUGGUUCUAAAAAAGGAACUAAAAGGCAAUAUGAUCAAAUAAAGGACAUGAAAACAUUGGAAGAGAUUUUAAUGAAGGUUUUCCUGUCCCACUUGUGGUUUUUAAGGAUGUAAUCUUUUUCCUUGUUAGGUUUUAGUCCCAUAGGUUUAUUCUAGUAAGGUAUUGAUGAGAUACAUUAUCAAGCAGCAAACAUGGGAGAGUAAUAUAAAUAAUUAAUAGUGGUUGUUUA